CAUCUCAUUAUAGCAAAGUCACCAUUCAGAAUUCUAUUUCUCGAGAACUGAAAUGGUAAAACAAUGAAGAGUAUUAAUUUGGUAAAUAUUUUGGGUAAGGGUCCAUCUGUGUAAAUAUAUAUAUAUAUAUAUUUUAAAUUAUUUUAGAAAAAAAUUCGCAGCAAUAGCCAGUAGCCAGUCUGAUCCAUAGCUAUAACCAUAUCCAUAUUGAUAGAGUUGAUUGAAGAUGUACACAGUGUCAAGUUCAAUCCUUGUGAGGUGGCCUGGGAUAUGUUGUUAUCCCAAAACGAGAGUUGGCAACGGCACUCGUGCUAUUUCCGUAGCAGUAGCAGCCACAGGCAAAGAUGUGUGGAGCCGGACAUCAUCGUCCAACACGAGCACGAACACGAACAGGUACCUGGACCGCAGCGUGGACAUGGAGGAGCUACUGGCUGCAAUUGGGCAGACCCAGAACGAGGAUGAACUGUAUGCGGUAAUGUCCCCCUACAGCGCCAGGCAGCUUUCCAUUCGUUUCAUGGUUUCCCUUCUCUCACGCGAGCCCGAUUGGCAACGGGCUCUUGCCCUCCUCGAUUGGAUCAACGACAAGGCCCAUUAUUCUCCCUCCCUCUUCGCCUACAACGUCGUUCUCCGCAACGUCCUUCGUGCCAAGCAGUGGCACCUCGCACACGGCCUGUUCGACGAAAUGCGCCACAAGGGCCUUUCCCCCGAUAGGUACACUUACUCCACCCUCAUUACUUCUUUCGGCAAACACGGCUUGUUUGAUUCUUCUCUCUUUUGGCUCCAGCAGAUGGAGCAAGACAACGUUCCCGGCGACCUUGUCCUCUACAGUAAUCUCAUUGAGCUUGCCCGCAAGUUGUGCGAUUAUUCCAAGGCCAUUUCCAUUUUCACCCGCUUGAAAGCCUCCACCAUUACCCCCGACCUCAUUGCCUAUAACUCCAUGAUCAAUGUCUUUGGAAAAGCCAAGCUCUUCCGCGAGGCCACCCUUCUUCUCCGUGAGAUGAGAGACAAUGGCGUUCAUCCCGACACCGUCAGCUAUUCCACGCUUCUUGCCAUCUACGUUGACAACCAAAAGUUUGUUGAGGCCCUCUCUCUGUUCUCUGAAAUGAAUGAAGCCAAAUGCCCCCUUGACCUCACCACAUGUAACAUCAUGAUUGAUGUUUAUGGCCAGCUUCACAUGGCCAAGGAAGCCGACCGCCUCUUCUGGAGCAUGAGGAAAAUGGGGAUUCAACCCAAUGUGGUUAGCUAUAACACUCUCUUGAGGGUUUAUGGAGAGGCUGAGUUGUUUGGGGAAGCCAUCCAUCUGUUUCGAUUGAUGCAAAGUAAGGAUGUACAGCAAGAUGUCGUCACCUACAACACCAUGAUUAAUAUCUAUGGCAAGACUCUUGAGCACGAGAAGGCUACCAAUCUCAUUCAAGAAAUGAAGAAAAGGGGUAUCGAACCCAAUGCAAUCACUUAUUCCACCAUAAUAUCUAUAUGGGAAAAGGCUGGGAAGCUGGACCGGGCUGCCAUCUUGUUUCAAAAAUUAAGGAGUUCAGGCGUUCGAAUUGAUGAGGUUCUUUACCAGACAAUGAUUGUAGCAUAUGAGAGGGCGGGUUUAGUUGCUCAUGCAAAGCGUCUACUUCAUGAGCUCAAGCGACCGGACAACAUUCCCAGGGAGACUGCAAUUGCAAUUCUCGCCAGAGCUGGUAGAAUUGAAGAGGCUACCUGGGUUUUCCGCCAGGCUUUUGAUGCUGGAGAGGUAAAAAAUAUAUCUGUGUUUGGGUGCAUGAUUAAUCUUUUCUCUAGGAACAAAAAGUAUGGAAAUGUGGUUGAAGUGUUUGAGAAAAUGAGUGAGGCGGGAUAUUUUCCUGAUUCUGAUGUUAUUGCUCUCGUGCUGAAUGCUUUUGGAAAGCUGCGUGAAUUUGAUAAGGCAGAUGCUUUAUAUAGACAGAUGCAUGAAGAAGGGUGUGUUUUUCCGGAUGAAGUUCAUUUCCAGAUGCUGAGUCUAUAUGGUGCAAGAAAGGAUUUCAUGAUGGUAGACUCUUUGUUUGAGAAGCUGGAUUCUAAUCCUAACAUAAACAAGAAGGAAUUGCAUCUUGUUGUUGCUAGCAUCUACGAGAGAGCAGAUAGACUUAAUGAUGCUUCCCGAAUCAUGAAUAGGAUGAGUCAGAAAGCAAACAGAAGUCAUGAUCAUGCUUAGCAGUAGUGUGCAUCUGCUUUUCCCUGAGUAACUCGUUGAUGAGCAUUCUUUUAGCUCUUGUAAUCCAUAAAUAGUGUAUUCACCUCUCAUAUUCCCAACUAAGUGUCAUGCUGUAUAUACGAUAUUGAGAAACGACGCAUAUUCUGAAUAACUGCUUCCGGAUAAUUAAUCAUUACAGUUCUAUUUCCCGCUCAA